GUUUGACAUAUAGCACGAAAUUCAAUUCGCAUGGUGAACUGUUUAUUUCGAAAAUUGGUCUUAAAUUAAACAUUUUAAGAAGAUGGCAACAGGAAACGAUAUUGUUGAUGUUAGGAAAGCGUUAUUUACAUCCCCAGGUGUUAAUGUAAACGAGACAACAGAUAUGAAUGCAAGUACGCUGAACAAUCGUCUGCAGAUUGAACAUGAAACUGAUGAUCAAUAUAAAAAAUCUCAAAAAGAUGCUCAUGAAAAAAGGAUGAAAAAAUUCAGGAAGAUGGCAAAGCAGUUGGAGGAAGAUGACUGGCUAUAUCCACCAAUUGAAAAACUGAUUGGUUUAAAAUGAACUUAUUGCAACAAGUAUCUAUACAACACUAACUUAAGGGAUCAAUAUGCAUUAAGUGUUUACACAGCAGAAAGCUAGCUGUGCAUAAGUUAUGAACAGACAACUGAUGGUUAUAUGGCAGUUGUGGAGCCACCGUUGAGAGUAGUUUAUCUGGAAAAGAAUCAGUACAUUUGAAACCUAUUUUGAGUCUUAUUUUCUGCAGUGGUGUGAUACAAUAUGAUAUAUGUGAUACUAUAUAACAAUAUGGAUAUGUUCUUGAAUCUUCGUAUCAACAUUCCCAUAAAUAAAAGGACAUAUUUUAAGUGAAAAAUGCAAACUUUAGUGAAAACACCAAGAAAAAGAAAGAUUGUUUUGGGAAAAUUGAUUAUUUUGUUUGGCAGAUUUCUGACUGAAACUGUACUUUUUCCUUACCAACUCUGGGUUGUUGACAUCAAUACAUACUUUUUAUCAUUUGAACAUAGAAUUAUAUGUGUGAAGAUU